UAUCGCGUGCUGAAUGUUUCGAAAGAUGCUACCAAAAACGAAAUUCGACAGAGUUAUCGAAGCCUCUGCUUAAAAUAUCAUCCUGACAAAAACGUGAAUCGAUCAGGGGCGGAGAAAAGAGCUUCCGAGGAACGCUUUAAGCAGAUUCAAAAGGCAUAUGCGUUAGUUGGCGAUAUCGAAGCUCGUAAACAAUACGAC